ACACAUCGUAAACAUCGUUGUCGAGGAAACAAGAAUUGUAGAAAAGCACAGAAUAUGAUUUGCAGUUGAAAACUAGUCGAUGUGAGUUCCAAGUUUAGCCUACAAAUACGCGCGUUGUUUGUCUUCACCAGCAUCAUUAUUGGCCAAACCCAACUACAACAACUUCGCACAUUCAUAUUCGAAGCUCUAACCUAAAUUAUAAGUUUUUCUUCGCGGUGAAGAAAGGGAUUGCAUCGUUUCUAACCAAUCCUCUGCAAAUUUAAAUUUCGGAUUCUCUUCGUUGAUUUUGGCAGAAUUGGAGCCCUUGAGUUCCAUCACGGGAGGAUUAUAUCAACAUUUCUUUUGAAUUUGGAAGAAAAAUGGACGGUGAUCUGAGGAAUCAUGAGAAAUCUCAUUCACAUGUAGAUGGUGAUGAAUGCAGGACAGAGAUGGGGUUUGGCAACUAUGGCUGCUCACAUUAUCGGAGGAGGUGCAAGAUCAUAGCACCUUGUUGCAAUGAAGUAUUUGAUUGCAGGCACUGUCACAAUGAAGCAAAGAAUUUGAUAGAUGUUGAUACACUUGAACGCCAUGAUAUCCCGCGUCAUGAAGUAAAAAGGGUCAUCUGCUCAUUGUGUAAUACGGAACAAGAUGCUCAACAAAUAUGUAUUUCUUGUGGCGUUUGCUUGGGGAAGUACUAUUGCUCAAAAUGCAAAUUCUUCGAUGAUGAUGUUUCAAAGAAUCAGUAUCACUGCGAUAAAUGUGGAAUCUGCAGAACUGGUGGUGAAGAAAACUUUUUUCACUGUGAUAGAUGUGAGUGUUGCUACUCAAACUUGUUGAAAGAGUCACACUUAUGCAUAGAGAAAGCCAUGCAUCACAACUGCCCCAUUUGCUUCGAGUAUAUUUUUGAUACAACCAAAGACAUAACGGUCCUCCCCUGUGGCCACACAAUUCAUCUCGACUGUGUUAAAGAGAUGGAAACUCGUUUCCAGUAUACUUGCCCAGUUUGCUUGAAAUCAUACUGUGACAUGACCCGUGUCUGGGAAAAGCUUGACGAAGAGGUUGCUUUGACACCUAUGCCUCAAAUCUACCAAAAUAAAAUGGUGUGGAUCCUUUGCAAUGACUGUGGAGAAACAAGUGAGGUGAACUAUCACAUUUUGGCUCACAAAUGCUUGAACUGCAAGUCUUACAACACGAGUCAGACGAGAGGAGGCCAUGCAUCCUGCUCGUCUGGAGUAUCCGAGAUGCUCUGAUGAUCAGCCUUCCCGUCUAUCGAUUGCAACCAACAUGUUGGUAGCUUGCAUUGCAGCUGGAAGAUCCAUUUAAUUUGUUCCUUCAUUCCUUGACCAUUCCUUAUCUAAUCAUUCUACUUUGAUGCAUAAUUUCCAUGUACAACUUUUACUUAUUCUCAUCUAAUCAAUACAAAAGUUUACAUCU